UUCUUCUCCUCCUCCGUCACGUUUCUUCUUUUCUCCUUCAUUAGUUCUCGCUUUGGCCUCGCUAUAACCUUAACCCUAUCUCGACAUCCUUAGGAGCGGAGCGAGGAGGAGGGUGGCAAUGGCGGACCGAGUCUACCCUUCCGCGAAGCCUAACCCGCAACCUCCCAGCGCCAACAACAGUGGCGGCGGAGGGAGGCCGCCCUCCUUCCCGCCAUCCAAGGGCCAGACGUACGGUGCCACCCGCCAGGCCUACCGCCCGCAGCCCCGAAAGCUGCCGCCGCCGCCCCGCCGCCGCCGGGGCUGCUGCCUCUGGCUCACCCUCAUCAUCGUCGCCUUCGUCUUCCUCGCCGCCAUUGCCGCCGGCAUCUUCUACGUCAUCUACCGCCCCCGCCGCCCAACCUUCGAGGUAGACGGCCUCCGAUUCUCCGCCUUCAACGUCUCCGGCGACGGCCAGCUCACCUCCCGUCUCGAACUCAACCUCACCGCCUUCAACCCCAACCGCAAGAUCGUCUACCUCUACGACGCGGCCUCCAUCUCCGUCUUCUCCGGCGGGGUCGACGUCGGCGACGGGUCCUUCCCCGCCUUCAUCCAGGAAGCGAAGAACGCCACCCUACUCGCCGCGGCGCUGUCGGCCCCCGGCGGCCAGACGCUGGACUCGACGGCCGUGUCGGAUCUGAAAAAGAAGACGAGGCUGCCGCUGGAGAUCGAUGUGGACACCAAGGUGGGGGUAAAGAUGGGAGGUUGGAAGACGAAGAAAAUGAGGAUCCAGGUUCGGUGCGAGGGGAUCGACGUGGGCGUCCCCAAGGGGAAGGCGGCGCCGGCGGUGUCCUCCCCCACCGCCGCCUGCAAAGUCAAGCUCCGAGUCAAGAUCUGGAAGUGGACCAUCCCUUAGACCGAGCCCUUUCUCUCACUCUGCAUCAUUACACCGACCGGUGUCCCUAUAAUUACCACGAAACGGGCAACAGAUCAAGACGAUACUUGAUUAAGAUGUUUGGGAUAAUUAUUAUUGUUAUUGUACUUUUGGUCGUUUUCUUUAACCGUGUACUGCUGUAAGAUGCGGACUAAAAUGUGAUGGAUUGAGCUGGAGAUUUGUGCAAUGGUGCAUGCGGACAUGAUGGGAAA